AUGACAGCAGUCAACCGUCAGUGACGAUUAUCAUCGAUGAAUUGAACUGUCACAUUUUGACAUGAAUAAAUUCACGAUUCAAAAUUUGCAGUAUGCUUGAAAAUAGACACGUUUUUUUCAUCUUUCCUGAUGGAAACACCUCGACGAAAUAAGAGGACUAACUGCUCACCCAAACCCAGAAAUCCAGACAGCUCCUAUUCGAAAAAUUUGGAUAGAAGUAUCGAUCAUGAGCACGGUCGAAACCUUACAAAUAAGCUGAGUAGAACAAAACAGAACUCUUCUACUGGGUCUAAAAAGAAUCGACAAAUAGUAUCAGUUGGGAAUGAUGGGAAACAAAUAAAUUAUAAAGUACAGAACUACGCCAAGCUACUAUCGGAAAUACCUGAAAAAAUCAGCAGAGAAAAAAAUCGAGAUCAUAUAUUUUUCUCAGCAGCCAACUCCCAGAUCUUCCAAGCAAAAGUUGCCUAUUUUCCAGGAAAGAACUUAGAUGAUAUACGUCAAGUAUUGAGUUCAAACAGCAAGGAAAGAUCGGAUAAUAAUUCAAUCAAGUCAUAUCAGACUAAUAGAGAGAAAACAUUCGGAACACAUCUGAUUGUUCCAAAAAAGAAGACGAAAAAAAUAAAGUUAGUCCAGAAACCCCUGAACACAAUUCAGGAAGUCAACGAGAACGACAAAUCAAAGGAAUCGCUGAAGAGGGCGCUUGAACCAUUUCAAGAUAUGAAGGAAACUUCUUCAAUAAUAAUGACUUAUACUGACCAAAGCGAUGAUUCAAAGCAGGCAUCUGUAGGAAUAAUCGAAAGAAAGGAAUAUAAAUAUAUCCCAAACAACCGAGAAUCGGCUUACGGACAAAAGACUCGCGUCUCUUAUUGUUUUCAGGAAGACGAAUCGAAGGUAAUUUCUAAUGAACAAAGUCAAUCAGAAACAUAUAAAAGUAAACAUUUUCCUGCUGAGUUUUCUCCAUUUUCCUCCCAAAGAGUAUUUCAGAUCAAAGAGAUGUUCGAAAAAUUGUCGAAAACAAAUAAUUUCCAAGAGAAGUCCAUCCCUAAAGUGACACACACGAUCAACGAACCUAUCAAAUCAAUCCCAUUCGAACACACUAUAUCAUGUGAAGAGUGUCGUAGAAUACUGAAAGGUCUCAUAGAAACUGAGAGUAUUUCUGAGAAAGACAUGGCAAUGGCAAUGACAGAUAUGCCGAGCAAUUCGAGUAGAAGCGUUGUUGAUUCUCUUAUCCAAGAGAUUUGCGACAAAAUCAUUAGUGAUAAGGACGAUAUAACUUUCAAGAUAGAAACAAAGAAAACAACUAAAGUUCAGAAGUUGACCUUUCGAAGAAACCGCAAGAAAACAAGGAGGAAGGGAGCAGCUCCACACGAUAUGCAGUUGAAUGAAAAGAAAAAUGGAGCUUGAAGCAUGGUUGAGAAAGAAGAUUUCGAAAUGAAGAAAGAAGAUUGAAUUUUUAUUAGACGAGAGGAUGAUGAUAAUUGGUUUUGUGAUGAAAAUUAAAAUAAUUUUUAGUUA